AAGAUGAAUUGUAUACCGAAGGGAGGAUCAUACACUUGGGGAGAAUCCUUAGUGAUUAAUUCUUUCAGUGGUUGGGGGCUUUCUACCUUGUGUGCUGGGAAUUCUACUAGGUGCUGACCAUGGCAGUACAUGUUUUUUAGGUUCUUUUCAGAAUCGCAGGGUUUUAGUAUUUAACUCUAGGAGUAGCUCCGUCCUCAGAACCUCUGUUUGGGACUGUGGUAGUUCAGCCCUGAAAUCCUAGUGACUUCAGAGGGUGAGGUAUGAGGAUCCCAAGUUUGGGUCCAGCCUCAGCAAUUUAGCAAGACUCUGUUUCAGAUAAACAAAUAAAUAAAUAAAAGAAGGGCUGGGAAUGUAGCUCAGUGGUAAAGCACCUCUGUGGUCAAUCCCAGUAUAAAAACAACACAAAACCUCUAUUUGGCUAAUAUCAUACUUUCAAGUGAGGAGGCAGAAUAAGCCACAGUGAGGGGUGACACUGAUUCCUGGAUAGGAGAGAAAUGGCCAGGUAAAAAACAUUGAGCACAAAAGGAAUGACUACUGGCCGAAUAGCUGAUAAACUAAGUAAAAUCAAAGGUUUUUUUUGCAUGAUUAUGGGUGACUGGAGAGCUAGUGGCUCCAUGUAUUAGGAAUUCAAAGAUUCGUUAAAGAUUGAAUGUGUAACUUAUGUACUUCUUCAUAAGUUUCCCCAAUUGCUCUUUUUCUACUUUGUCAGUCUUGUGUUUAUUUUGAGGUGAGUUUUAUUUUGAGACUAAUGAUGCCCUGUUUGCUGAAAGGUAGUAAUUUUUAACCCUAGCUGCAGGGGAGCUUUAAAAUAACCUAGAUGCAAAGCAUAAUUUGCAAAAUCUUGACUUUUCUCCAGUGUUUUCCAAUAAGUUAUUUUAGAACUUUAAACAUGAAAACAUUGCUCCACACUGUGGUGUCCUUAGCACUCAACAGAAAUUUGCUUUAUAUUGUGUGUGUGAUGAGUGAUGCUGGAAAGGGAAGUGGCCACUGCCCUGGGUUGGAGCGUGAAGAGGAGGAAAGAACUGUGCUCUUGUGAACAUCAGCAGCUCUUGGGGGAGAAAGUGAGCCCAUUUUUUCGUUGCUGAGUGCUAAGAGAUGGUGCUCAUGAGUUUCAUAUCCAUCUGAGAAUUGGGUGCUGCAGUCGCGGGAAUUGCUGACUGAUCCUGAGCUCCUGGCUUGAGUGGGCCUUCACUCCAGUCACGCCACCAGCCAGGCAGGCUUACUCAGCUUCUCUUGAUGAUGGGUAUUGGCAAGAACACCACAUCCAAAUCAAUGGAGGCUGGGAGUUCCACAGAAGGCAAAUAUGAAGAUGAUGCGAAGCACCCCACUUUCUUUACUCUUCCGGUGGUGAUCAAUGGAGGGGCCACGUCCAGUGGUGAGCAAGACAAUGAAGACACGGAGCUCAUGGCAAUCUACACUACAGAAAACGGCAUUGCAGAGAAGAGCUCUCUUGCAGAGACUCUGGACAGCACUGGCAGUCUGGACCCCCAAAGGUCAGACAUGAUAUACACCAUAGAAGAUGUUCCUCCCUGGUACCUGUGCAUAUUUCUGGGGUUGCAGCACUACCUGACAUGCUUCAGCGGCACCAUUGCUGUGCCCUUUCUGCUGGCCGACGCCAUGUGUGUGGGGUAUGACCAGUGGGCAACCAGCCAACUCAUCGGGACCAUUUUCUUCUGUGUGGGAAUCACAACUUUGUUGCAGACAACGUUUGGAUGCAGGUUACCCCUGUUUCAGGCCAGUGCUUUUGCAUUUUUGGCCCCUGCUCGAGCCAUCCUGUCUUUAGAUAAAUGGAAAUGUAACACCACAGAUGUUUCAUUUGCCAACGGGACAGCAGAGCUGUUGCACACAGAGCACAUCUGGUACCCCCGGAUCCGUGAGAUCCAGGGGGCCAUCAUCAUGUCCUCAUUGAUAGAAGUGGUCAUUGGACUCCUUGGCCUGCCUGGGGCUCUGCUGAGGUACAUUGGGCCUCUGACCAUCACACCCACAGUGGCCCUCAUUGGACUCUCUGGUUUCCAGGCGGCAGGAGAGAGAGCAGGAAAGCACUGGGGCAUCGCCAUGUUGACAAUUUUCCUUGUAUUACUGUUUUCUCAAUAUGCCAGAAACGUUAAAUUUCCUCUCCCAAUUUACAAAUCCAAGAAAGGGUGGACUGCAUACAAAUUACAACUUUUCAAAAUGUUCCCUAUAAUCCUGGCCAUCCUUGUGUCCUGGCUGCUCUGCUUCAUCUUCACGGUGACAGAUGUCUUCCCACCUGACAGCACCAAAUAUGGCUUUUAUGCACGCACAGAUGCCAGACAGGGUGUGCUCCUGGUAGCCCCGUGGUUCAAGGUGCCAUACCCAUUUCAGUGGGGGCUGCCCACUGUGUCUGCCGCUGGUGUCAUCGGCAUGCUCAGCGCCGUCGUCGCCAGCAUCAUCGAGUCCAUUGGUGACUACUAUGCCUGCGCCAGGCUGUCCUGUGCCCCACCGCCUCCCAUCCAUGCAAUAAACAGGGGGAUUUUCGUGGAGGGUCUCUCCUGUGUUCUUGAUGGCAUAUUUGGUACUGGGAAUGGCUCUACUUCAUCCAGUCCCAACAUUGGAGUUUUGGGAAUUACAAAGGUUGGCAGCCGCCGCGUGAUCCAGUAUGGUGCAGCACUCAUGCUUGGGCUGGGCAUGAUUGGCAAGUUCAGCGCCCUCUUCGCAUCCCUCCCAGACCCUGUUCUUGGAGCCCUCUUCUGCACUCUCUUUGGAAUGAUCACAGCCGUUGGCCUCUCUAACCUGCAGUUCAUUGACUUAAAUUCUUCCCGGAACCUGUUUGUGCUUGGAUUCUCAAUCUUCUUCGGGCUCGUCCUUCCAAGUUACCUCAGACAGAACCCUCUAGUCACAGGCAUAACAGGAAUAGAUCAAGUGUUGAACGUCCUUCUCACUACAGCUAUGUUUGUUGGAGGCUGUGUGGCUUUUAUUUUGGACAACACCAUCCCAGGUACCCCAGAGGAAAGAGGAAUCAGGAAAUGGAAGAAGGGUGUGAGCAAAGGGAACAAGUCACUUGAUGGCAUGGAAUCCUACAAUUUGCCAUUUGGCAUGAAUAUUAUUAAAAAAUACAGAUGCUUCAGCUACCUACCCAUCAGCCCAACCUUUGCAGGUUACACAUGGAAAGGUUUUGGAAAGAACGAAAACAGCCGGAGUUCAGAUGAAGACUCACAGGCCACAGUAUAGCCCUAGCUGUGCCCUGUGGCCUGGCCGCAGCAAGGCAGUAUCUGUAGUUCCUUACUGAGUAACAAGAAGUAAAGUAUGUUUGUAUAUCUACAUUUACAUCCUACACCCUAGAGCUAAGAUGGUUUGCACAUCGCUUUUCUGUUGUGGGUGGUGAUUUGUGUCAAAUACGGUGUCUCACCUAUGUCCUUAUUUAAGCCCUUGAUCUCUUGCCCUUUGAGAGUGUCCAUUGCUGGCCAUGGUCACUGAAUUGAAAUUCCAGUUCUCCUGUGGGAAUAGAUGUGUGAAACCUGCAGCCAUUCCUUCCUUGCAGUCCUCUCUAGUACCUACUGCUGGCUUUUCUACAGGCUGCCUGUAAGGCCCAGGGCCUUUUGGUCUGAGAAGCACCUGGACCCACUUUGUCUUCACUUGACCUUAGCCUGUACCUUCAGAGACUUCCUCUGCCAAGGGACACCAGUG